AUGUCUUCCACUGCUGCAGUUGUAUCAAAUGUUAAUUAUCAUCUUCCAAAGCAAGUUACUCAGGAUUUCAAUCACAAAGAAACUUCCACAAAUGUACAGAAGUGUCCAGUGGCACACGCAAAUGGCGAUACGGGUUGUGCAUCAGCAGCGUCGCCUGUAUCGGCUCAGUCCACCCACAAUGUUGGCUAUAAUUCAGCGACAGCUGCCCUAAGUACCAGCACAAAACUAGUGUCUUCGAAUAUCGAUUCAGCCCUAAGGAGUUCUCUUAAACCAUGGAUCAACGCCGCUAAUUCCCGUGAUCACCUGAAUCUAUCCGGGUCAUCUGUGAAUACGACCGAUUUAGCCCGGCGCUCGCUGACUUUUCAUGAAUCACUGGCUCCCCCGUUAGAUGAUGUUAUACGACAGAAAAUUGAGAAUCAUCCCAAUUCCCUUAUUCUACGAGAGUCGACACCUCUCGAAUCACCUAAAGCCACUAAGCGCACCCUGUGCACUGAUUCUGAACUGAUCGCGUGGUGUCGCACCGGCGGCGAACAUGUUCCAAGCCAGUCAUUAGGAUUAGGCAAUUCGGGGAACACGUGCUACCUGAACUCGGUACUGCAAUGCUUGCUUGCAACUGGCCCCCUACUGGCAUAUGUUGGCGCCAAACAUCGUAAUGCUGGCAACUGCCCCACAGCUUCAGGCCAGUUGGGACCAAACAAGAGUCGUUUUUGUGCACUCUGUGGCAUCCUAGGCUUACUGCGCGAGCACAGCCAGCGCUCGCAUCAAGCGGCCGUGCGUUCACCGUCUUUUGGCUUCGGACACUUCUUGCCGUCUUACUUCCUUGCCAAUGUUCGCGCUGUCUGCCCUGGAUUUCGACCAUAUCAACAAGAGGAUGCGCACGAAUUCCUUCUUGGACUAUUGUCACGUAUGGAGGACAAUACUACAGCUGGUCUAGGCAAGCUACCGCGCAGUUUGUCUGAAACCAAUGCUGUUCGGCGCAUAUUUGGCGGUACCGUUCGAUCUGAAGUAACCUGCCAUACCUGUCAGAAGAUAUCAGCUCGUGAUGAGAUCUGUUUCAAUUUGUCAGUGGACAUAACGUGCGGUCGCAGUUUGCAACAAUGUCUGUUCAACUAUAUCCAUAGCGAGGAACUUUGUGGCCAGAACGCUUACAAAUGUGAAAACUGUCGUCAAUAUCGCUCCGCGACGCGUCGUAGUACCAUAUUUCAAGGUGGACCAAUUUUAAUCAUCCAGUUCAAUCGAUUCUCCCGUAACCAGAAACUGGAUACGCGUGUGGAAUUCCCUUCCUCAUUUAAUUUACGCCCUUUCAUGACCGACAAUAAAGGCCCACCAGUACUGUACCGCCUUUACGGCACAGUAAACCACGAAGGUUACAGCUGCCGAAGCGGUCAUUAUGUGGCUUAUACUCGUCGUCAUGGUUCAUGGCUCUCGCACAACGACAGCUUUGUCAGCUCCACUAAUGUGGAACACGUGCUUCGUCAAGCUCCAUAUCUCCUAUUCUAUGAAGCGGUUAACCCAGUCCUCAACACUCCGGUGGCUGCUGCAGAUCCAGACUACACAGAGAAAAUUAAGACAACUCUAAUGGCUGUCAAACCUACCAAAUCCUCCCCUGUCACUGAUCCAAUCCCUGUCGUACAACCCACUCAAUUGCCAUCCAAACCCCUUGUAACUAGCCCCGCCAAAAGUUCAUCCGCUGCCCACCUUCAGGCUCCUGGUUCACUUCUACCCGCAUCGGGACGAUCUUCAGUGUCCAGUACUCCCCGCAUUGUAUUCAAUCCGAGCGUCAAGCCGCGGUCUGGUUUGAAUACCGUGAUUACAACCACUAGCGCCACCAGUUCUACCACAAGCACUACUACAGUGCCCAUCGGUCCUUCCUCACAAUCGCCCGAAAAGUCAAACGAACCUACUGUCACAUCAUCAUCAUCAUCGUUGUUAUCAUCUGGUCCCACUGUGGUGACGCGACCGGUGGACGUUAUCCUAAAAACGGUCACCAAACCGAGUGCUGCACCAUUGUCUUUAGCCACCGUUCGUCAGCUUCUCUACGGUGAAACGUCUACUCCUGGUUUAUGGUCCGAACGAUCCACUCCUCCUGUAUCAAUCACUGAUCCGGGUGAACUGCCAUUGGUCAAAAGCGACGGGAAAACGCGACCGGGCGAUGAUCAUUAUCCAUCUCCACGCAAGCGGAAACAUUCCCCUUCCAUGUCCGUCAUCCAGGAUGGUUCCACGAGUCGUGAACAUAAUCGUGAUCAGAACAAAUCGGUGGACAGCGCUAACCCGAGUCCGGCGAAGCAAUCACGUCGAGCCUCCGAAAGCAGUUCAGAUUCUAGCAUAGUUUGGGUGCCUAAGACCAAUUUGAUGCAACGAUCGUUCACGUCAAGUGACGAGCGUUCCACGGUUUCAACGAAACGCUCGACAAACGGGGUUCACAGUGACUCCGGACGUAACUGGUCUCAGCAUCAUUCCGAUCAAGAUCAAUCUAGUCGCAAACAUAGUCAUCGUCAUCAUCACCAUAAGAAACGAAAACACCACAGUGGGGAGGAUUCUGAUUCCCACCGCGAUCGGCGUGAAAAACCCUAUUACUAUACCCAUCGGGAUCGUCGCAAAGACCGCCUUAAUGAAGAUCGACACAAUCGUGGACGGGAUCAUCCACAUAAACGCUAUAAUGUCUUUCAUCGCCCUCAUCAUUUCAGUCACCCGCCGUGA